AUGGCGAAGGAGGAGCUCCGGCGGGCAGCUGGGAGGGAGCGAAGAGCGGCCGCCACUCCUCCUCCCGGGGCACGGCUUCGGUGCGGCUCCGCCUCCCCUGUGGCGCGAGGCCGCCGAGGUGUCCCAGCCGGGGGGAGCAGGAGCGGGGCCGGCCGAGGUGUCCCGGCCGGGGGGAGCAGGAGCGGAGCCGGCCGAGGUGUCCCGGCCGGGGGGAGCAGGAGCGGGGCCGGCCGAGGUGUCCCGGCCGGGGGGAGCAGGAGCGGGGCCGGCCGAGGUGCCGCAGGAUGUGGCUGGGGGGGUCCGGCCCGAGCGGGGCUCACCCGGCAAAGCUCUGAAGCCCGCCGCAUCCUGCAGUUUUCCGUCCAGGAAUGCGUGAAAACGGAGAUCGAGCACAUCGACCUGAAAGUUGUCGGGCAGGACGGCUCCGUGGUGCAGUUCAGAAUAAAGCGGCACACUCCGCUGAGCAAGCUCAUGAAGGCGUACUGCUGCCGACAGGGCUUGUCAAUGAGGCACAUUAUGUUCCUGUUUGAUGGACAGCCAAUUAAAGAAGCAGACACACCUGCACAGCUGGAGAUGGAACACAACGACACGAUCGAAGUGUACCAGCAGCAGACAGGUGGAGGGUGCUCAGACACAGCCUCUUUGGGAGAACAGUUUGAGGAUCCUCAUCACACCUCACUCUCUCAUCUGUCCUUGGAUUUGUUGUUUUAUUAAGGAACAAAUGAACAUGCCAGUCACACAGGGUUCUCUGAAACUUCUCAGGAUAUUUACCAAAGUUGCUUGUUGUCUUUGACAUUCUGAGUGCACAAGUCAAAGUAGUAUCUGCAGGGAUUGAGCUGUGUCUGAAUUUCACAAUUUUAAAUUCAGAUUAAGUAAUGUGUGUUGUCUCUAUGUUGUUAGCCUUUUGUAAAAAUGUAUUGUUUGUAUUCUCUUUU